AUGUCUAGGCAACUACGUACGCUGUUGCGCAGACCGCUUUGGCCUCGGUUGAGUCAACCGGCCGGUCUCCCGAGCCUCACGAGCAGGAGAAUCCCUCAACACUUCCAAUCGGUUUCGAUUUCCCCGCCUGCUCGCUUCCUGAGCUCGACUGCCGUCGCGCGGGCCGAAGCUUUCCCCUCGCAGCUCGAAAAUGCUUCUUCAGCCCCUACCGCUGAGAUUGGGCGGUCGCAGACUUUGACCGAGAAGAUUGUACAACGCUAUGCAGUCGGUCUCCCCGAAGGAAAGCUCGUCCGAAGCGGCGACUAUAUUAGUCUUGCCCCCGGGUACUGCAUGACUCACGAUAACUCGUGGCCCGUCGCUCUCAAGUUCAUGUCUAUGGGAGCUACGCAGAUCAACAACCCGAAGCAGAUCGUCAUGACCCUUGAUCACGACGUUCAAAACACCAGCGCAUCAAACCUGCAGAAAUACCAACAGAUCGAGACUUUCGCUGGACAGCACGGUAUCGACUUCUAUCCUGCCGGACGGGGUAUUGGACACCAGGUUAUGGUGGAGGAAGGAUAUGCGUGGCCCGGUACCAUGGCGGUAGCCUCCGACAGCCACAGCAACCACUACGGCGGAGUUGGCUGUCUUGGAACCGCUGUUGUGCGGACAGACGCUGCCAGUAUCUGGGCAACCUCCCGGACAUGGUGGCAGAUUCCCCCUGUUGCGAAGGUAACGUUCACCGGGACGCUACCAAAGGGCGUGACAGGUAAGGAUGUUAUUGUCGCGCUGUGCGGUAUGUUCAACAGCGACGUUCUCAACCAUGCAAUUGAGUUCACUGGCUCUGAAGAGACCAUGGCAAGUCUACUUGUGGAUAGCCGUAUGACUAUUGCCAACAUGACAACUGAGUGGGGAGCGCUCACUGGUCUAUUCCCCAUUGACCGGACACUGGAACGCUGGCUACGAUACAAGGCCACCGAGGCAGCCAUGCUUGACGACCGGACAACCCGGGAACGUAUCACGCACGAAAGGGUCGAUGAGCUGUUCGCCAAUCCCCUCAAGGCGGAUCCUGAUGCUGUUUACGCCAAGCAGCUCUACCUCAACCUUUCUACCCUGUCCCCCUAUGUCUCAGGCCCCAACUCAGUCAAGGUUGCCACACCGCUCAACGAGCUGGUCCAACAGAACAUCAAGGUCAACCGCGCCUACAUCGUCUCUUGCACGAACUCGCGUGCUUCUGAUCUCGCGGCGGCCGCUAAGGUCUUCAAGGACGCCGCCAAGGCCAACCCCGACAACACUGCCAAGAUUGCUGACGGUGUCAAACUAUACAUCGCGGCAGCUUCUGCACCCGAACAGGAGGCCGCUGAGGCGACUGGCGACUGGCAGGCGCUGCUUGAUGCCGGCGCCCAGCCGCUGCCUGCUGGUUGUGGACCAUGCAUUGGUCUCGGCACAGGUCUCCUUGAGCCCGGCGAGGUUGGAAUCAGUGCCAGUAACCGUAAUUUCAAGGGACGCAUGGGUUCGCGUGAUGCCCUGGCCUACCUGGCCAGCCCCGAAGUGGUCGCUGCCAGUGCUCUGAGCGGCGUUAUCUCUGGCCCAGGUGCCUACGAGGUGCCACAAGGCUGGGAUGGUGUUGAGCAUGGCUUCGGCACCGGUGCGGAACCCAGCACCGUGGACGAGCUCUCCAACAUGCUUCAGCAGAUGGAGUCCUUGAUCGACCGUGUUGAGUCUGCCGAUACCUCUGCCAAGCCUGCCACUGAGAUUCUACCCGGCUUCCCCGAGAGGAUCUCCGGCGAAAUUGUCUUCUGUGACUUCGACAACCUGGACACUGACAACAUCUACCCUGGAAAAUUAACAUACCAAGACAACGUCUCGAAGGAGGACAUGGCUAACGCCUGCAUGUCCAACUACGAUCCCGAGUUCAAGGGAAUUGCCAAGCCCAACGACAUCCUCGUCUCCGGCUUCAACUUCGGCUGCGGAUCCUCAAGAGAGCAGGCUGCUACUGCCAUUCUCGCCAAGCAGAUUCCUUUGGUCGUUGCCGGCAGUUUCGGAAACAUCUUCUCCCGAAACAGUAUCAACAACGCACUUAUGGGCCUUGAGGUUCCCAAGCUUAUUGAACGCCUGCGCACUACCUUUUCGGAGCGUCAGCCCACCCGCCGGACGGGCUGGACUUUGACUUGGGAUGUGAAGCGCAGUGUUGUCGAAGUGCAAGAGGGCGAGGGCGGCGAUAAGUGGACCGAGCAGGUCGGCGAGCUACCCGCCAAUGUGCAGGAGAUUAUUGCGGCUGGCGGCCUUGAGUCGUGGGUCAAGAAUGAGGUUCAGAAGUCGCAGUCGCAGUAA